AGUGCGGGGAGUGGGGAAUUCCUCGCCAGGUUUGUGAUAUCACUGGCGGCUCCGCUGCGUCACCGAGGCGAUACGAGGCACUUGAUUAAGUUUUACAACACUUUCGGGACGCGAGAUUUGACGUUUCGGAGCAGCGUGUGUUUGGGGGAAAAAUAUUUCACUCGAGGAUCACUCGAUUGUCAAUUCGGACGAUAAGUUGUUUAACACUCGCGCGCGGGCGUGUUUUCAAUGCUCCGUUUCGUUGAGAACUCACCUCACCUGUCCUCUCUUCGCUGCACUUUUGUCGUAUUUCGUUGUCUACAAUACCCCACUCUUGUACACUUUUUGAAUAAACUAAAGUUUUUGUUGGUCUGUUGCUGCAGCAGACCUCAUUCUUUCUCUAUCGCUAUAAUACUAUACGCGCGCUACCACUAUGCGCAGGUUUUCGCUCGUAGGAGUAAAAUACCAAAGGUUACUCUUCGCAAACAAUCUAUAUAUAAAAUUGAUGCAAUCUCGAAUAUAUACACACGUUUCCUGUUUGUUUACAGCCUGAAACCGAAACACUUUUCUUUCUCAAUAUAGCUUUUUUCAAUUUCUGUAUAACACAAGCUUGAACAAUUUUAGAACAAAUUUUUUUUACAAUAUUGUAAUUGGAUUAAAAAAAUUCUAAACAAAUUCUCGCUUUUCAUUAAAUAAAAUACAAUUUUCGAGAAUAUAGUUUCAUAGCAUAGGUGCAACAACGCCGUAUAUAGAACGAAAAUUUCCCUGCAGAAUGUUUUUGUUUUGCUACUUUACACCGCGCGCACAUACAUGCCUAUAUACAUCUAUGUAACGUGUCCGUGCGUACUCAACCUUUUCUACUGAAUAAUAAACCGCGGUGUAUUUCUCCUAACCUAACCCGCUGUCAACAAUGACAUAACAGAACGUUUGCACUUGCGCCUAUAGACGCGCAUAUGCACUACACAUUCAUACAACUAGCGAAGCUCCAAGUGCGCCGAAACGGUUUUUGGCUGUUCACUCUCGUGGAUAUCGGUGACGAUUGAUUGGAAAAUUCAUGUGAUGUAACUCGUCGGGUGCGUGCAGUGUGUGUAUCUCUCUGUCUAUACGUCGGCACUGAGAGAUCUUGGUCGGUGAUCGAGAUAAUAAGCUAUGUUAUCGUUCUUUCGCAAGCUGUCGAUCGGUGGCAAAAUACGAGAUGGUUUGCUGCCUGAUAGCGUCAUGGGAACAGCCGAGGAUAUCGUGAGGGCCAAGAGUCAAAAUGAGCUGGUUUCCAAGGACGAGACGGAACUCAAAGAGUCUAUUUACGAUCUACUGCGAACGAUUAAAGAUCCGGAAAAACCCCAGACCCUAGAGCAGCUAGAUGUCGUUUACGAAGACUGCAUUGCAAUUCAAGAGGCUACACCUGGAGGUGUGACAGUCAUUCGAGUUGAGUUCAAUCCUACGGUGCCACAUUGCUCCUUAGCAACUCUCAUAGGACUCUGCAUCAGAGUUAAAUUGGAGAGACAUUUACUCGCACUCUUCAAGCUGGAUAUUUAUAUUAAGGAAGGUGCUCACUCUACUGAACAAGAAAUUAACAAACAGAUCAAUGACAAAGAGAGGAUUGCAGCAGCUAUGGAGAAUCCAAAUCUGAGAGAAUUGGUAGAAAAGUGUAUUCAAGAAGAGGAAUGAUGCAUCAUUGUUUGAUUUUUUUUUACAAGACUUGUACAUAAUUUUUAAUUGUUAUAUGAAGACUUUUAAGGUUUAAAGAGAUGGUUUUUGUACAUAUUAUCGAUCAAAUAUUUUAUAAUUAAAAAUUUCUAAAAUCAAUAA